AUGUCGGUAAAUGGUGACAGCGUGGAGGCCAAGCUAGCAGACCUGGAAGUCAAGGAUGACGCUCCUGCAGAGGUUGAGGAGAAGGAACCUGGCGCAGAUGAGGGAACAGCUGGAGAGCAGAAGGUUAUUGCCAAGUUCUUAAUGUCCAACGCUGCAGCCGGAAGUAUCAUCGGCAAGGGAGGUGCCAACAUAUCUGAGCUACAGUCGCAGUCCGGAGCACGCUUGCAGCUCAGCAGAGCCAGCGAGUUCUUUCCAGGCACACAGGAGCGCGUCAUGCUAGCUUCGGGCUCUGUAAACCAGGUCUUGACAGCCCUGCACCUGAUCCUCACGAAGAUCCAGGGCGAGCAGUCGAUGAUGGCGAGGGAUGGGAAGAGCACGCAGCUGCGCCUGCUGGUGCCCACGCCGCUGUGCGGGGCGAUCAUUGGGAAGGGCGGCGCCACCAUCCGCAGCUUUGCAGAGGACUCCAGGGCAGCCAUCACGGUGUCCCCCCAGGACAAGCAGCCCCUGGGGAUCCCCGACCGCGUGGUGCGCAUCACAGGGGCACAGGACCAGCUGCUGCGGGCGGUGGCCCUGCUGCUGACUAAGCUGGUGGAGAGCCCCAACUACACCCGCUUCACCACCUCCAAUGUAUCAUAUGGGCCUCCUCCCCAGCACAUGGGCUACCAGCAGAAGGGGUACAUGCAGCCCCAGCAGCAGCAGCGCAUGGAGGUCACCGUGCCCGUACCUGAGGCCCGGGUUGGUGCAAUAAUUGGGAAGGGCGGCGAGGUGAUAAGCCAGCUGAAGAGCGUCAUCGGAGUGAAGAUCCGCAUAUCUGACCGUGACGACUUUGUUCCGGGCACUCGCAAUCGCAAGGUGACCAUCAGCGGGGCAGCAGACGCCGUUCAGAUAGCCCAAGUGCUCAUCCACCAAAAGAUCAACCAGGCAGCCACCCUCUGA